CAGCACUAGAGCGGCAGAUAUUCUAUCUCGGAAUGUAUCAAAUUGGACCGCUAGACGCAUAUUGUGUUAACAUAGUGGUUCCAUUCCAUAGGCGACUAACCAAUCAAAGACCUUCGUGAGUGUUGAGCGAGAUGCGCGUAUUUACAGUAUUCUAAUAGCGUUGGCAUAAAACUAGUGUCGGACUAGUCGUGUAUCGGAAGGGCGAUGCCAGGGAUAACCAAGUAUAAUUUAGUGGAUGAUGCACAGGACUUGAGGAUCCCCAUGCACAACGAGGCGGCAUUUCAGCAUGGGGUCUGCUUUGAGGCAAAGUACAUUGGCAGUCUGGAAGUCGGUCGUCCAAAUAGCCGAAUGGAGAUAGUGGCUGCAAUGAGAAGGAUAAGGUAUGAAUUCAAAUUGAAGAACAUCAAGAAGAAGAAAGUCAACAUCAUCGUGUCUGCGGAUGGUGUAAGGGUGGUUUUGCGAAAAAAGAAAAAGAGGAAAGAGUGGUCUUGGGAUGACAAUACAGUCAUGAUAACACAAGACCCCAUCUACAGGAUUUUCUAUGUGUCACAUGACGCCCAGGACUUGAAGAUCUUCAGUUACAUUGCAAGAGAUGGAAAGAGCAACAUGUUCCAUUGUAAUGUCUUCAAAUCCAAGAGGAAGUCCCAGGCUAUGCGCAUCGUGCGGACGGUGGGCCAGGCCUUUGACGUGUGCCACCAGCUGACCCUGCAGCAGACAGGGGAACAGAUCUCAGAGGAUGGAGGGGACACCAGCACUGCCGAUGCAGAGGGGGCAGAUGCCGUGCCAGCCAAGAAGAGGUUGGCAUUGUCUGAUUCCACUGACCUUGAAGCCACUACAGAGGAGAGCAUCGACCGUUUGUCAUCCGACCAGGACAAGAGCCAGGACCUUCUCAGUAAAGAUGGGAAGGACCCAACCCAGCAGCUGACCUCAUCCAUGUCAGGGCCACCUGUGUCAAGCUUGCUAGCUGUGGACUGCUCUGUGGCACACCAGGUGCAGCUUCUCCAGAGACAGCUCCAGCAGCAGGAGCAGCAGGCCCAGGCUGCUGCAGCACAGGUGCGCUUGCUCCAGGACCAGCUGUCAGUGGAGGUGUGUGCCAGGACAGACGCCCAGGCCCGGGUUCAGAGACUCCUACUGCAGAACACUGAUCUACUGCAGCACAUCUCCCUACUGGUCAAUCAGAUCCAGGAGCUGGAGCUCAAAUCUGUUGCAGGACUCAGCUCCAUGGGCUCCCAAGACAGUCUGCUGGAGAUCACCUUCCGUGCCAAGCCCCCCUCCUUGCUACAUGACAUCACCACCACCCACACCUCCAUGGGCCCCCUGCAGGGUCAGCCCCAGAUAACCAAUGGCCCCUGGUCCUCCAUCCUACCAGGGGCCUCUCCUCCAGGGACCAGGGCCCCGGACAGCCACUCUCUGGGCCCGGGCGGAGUGAGGCUGGAGUGCUUCCGCUUCCCCCGCAGUGGGGGAGGGGACAACCACGAGAGCCAGAACCAGGAGGCCGAGAGUCCAUGCUCGGGCUGCCCAGGCGGGGACUCCCCUCUGGGGGUUCUUGGAGCCCUGGAGCUCCUCCGUUUCCGGGAGUCGGGGAUAGGUUCGGAGUACGAGUCCAACGCGGAUGAGAGCAGUGACAGGGACAGCUGGGGGCGGGGUGAGGGGGCGCGGCCUGAGGGCGCGGCACUUCUGUUCAACGUAAUGAAUGCGGAGAGCCCCGCGGACUGUCUGGGUGAUGAGGUGGCCGUGUAGCCCUCCGCGGCUUCGACUUCACCCAAGAACGAAAUCCUAUCACACAGUCUACAGUUCUAUGGUGUUAACUGUUCACCACCCUCCAAACUCUGCUCUGCAGUCCUUUUGUUUGAUAUUUGUUUGUUGCAUUUUUUGUAUUUGUUGGAUAUUUUGUUUUUGUUUAUAUUUGGUCACGUUUGUCUGAUGUUUGUUUAUAUCUGUUGCAGUUAAUUACAUGUGUUUUCUUGAAUGUGUUUACAUUUUUUCAUACAUUUUGACUCAGCACUUGACUUGCUGCUGCUGUUCCUGCUCUCCUGGGCUUACUGCAGUGUAGCUGUAGUUUGUGUCACAGCUGUCUAAAUAUGUGGUUCUGGUCUGUGUUAUUGAAGCAUUGUGUAAUAGUGAAACACACCCAGCAUGGCCAGUCGUUGGCGUUGUUUUGUUUUUUUGACGAAAAGACUGAAUGGAUUGAAAAUGAGUAAACGUCUAAUGUAAAGACUGUGAACUUCAAAAGCCGGCUGUACUAGUGCUGUAUUACAUGACUGGAUCUCAUUUGUGACUGACAAUUGAUUCAAGACAGUUUACAUUCAAGUUUUCCUCCACCGUGAUGCUCCAUGCAAUAAGUCCUCUUUCCCAAGACUUUGGUACGAUUCACUUUUGAGCCAACUCAAUAUCAUACACCCAAAAAGUUGUUGUUUGUUUGGUGCAAUUGAAGAAAGAAAAAAAUGAAAAUGAGUUGUCUUUUGUUGAAUGACAACACACACUUCAUUGAAUAAUCCCUACUCUUGACCAAUGACUGAUGAAGGGGCGUAGACUUUGGCUCCGAACAUCAGCUUGCCUCAAUUUCUUUUGUGUUCACAAACAGCCGAACAAACCCUUGCCGAAGACCAAAACAAACAAAAACUUUACAAAAUGGCGUCAUAAUAUAUGCAUGAUCUGUUCCGGAAGCGGACUCCUUAAGUGUACAAUAUAUCUCACCACAGUUAUUUACCCUCUCUCCCAAUACAAGGCAUGCUAGGGUUUAGAUGGAACCAAUAAUAUCUCACUAGUCUCUAAUAUCAAAUUUAAAUCAAAUGUAUUUAUAUAGCCCUUCGUACAUCAGCUGAUAUCUCAAAGUGCUGUACAGAAACCCAGCCUAAAACCCCAAACAGCAAGAAAAGCAGGUGUUGAAGCACUAAUAGAGUAGAGUUUUGAAGCCAAUUGAAUAUCAAAUGUUAUUACGCCUAUAUCUACAGUAGCUCAACGUAGCGAUUUUUUUUUCCCUCUCCCAAGAUUAAGGCAGUUAGGAUUCAGUUUGGAGCCAACAAUAUAUCACUACUCUUUAGACAUUUACUGACUUUAUCAUCCCCCUAAGGACAAUUUGUUUGCAACACAGAGGUGUGUGUGUGUAACAAAAUCAGCAGCAGCAUAUUUAGCAGGUUCUGCUCUCCCUGCAGCUUGUCUGUCACUGCUCCCCCAUGUCUCCGUACUGCACCAAUGCUGCAUUGUCAUGUUCUAAUGGCCCAGCUGUCAAACAGGCAGGACUUUUUGAGUCGGCUCCAAGCCACUGACUCAUCGUAUUGGGACCACGUCUUUGAGCGUUCUCCAAAUCGAUACAUCGCUUACAGCGCUCUCUUUUUUUAUGUUUUACUCUCUCACUCUCCCUCACACACACACUAUUUUUCCCUGUCACUCUCCAUUUUUGUGUUUGACUAUUUCUCUACUCUACUCUCUCUUGUCGUGUCUUUGGCUAUGCCGGAUUAAGUGAUAUGACAUGCUAUUCUAUAA